AUGGGACCCAAUGAUCACACCGUGGAAAUGCAAACAUGUGAUAUGGAGGAAUCUGCAGACGUUCCCAAUUACUGGAUGACAACAUGUGACCCCUCUCUUAAGCCAGUUGUAGGACAGAGAUUUGAAAGUUUAGAAAGUGGAAUUAAAUUUUAUAUAAAGUAUGCUUCAGCAGCUGGUUUUGAUGUGCGCCGCAGUAUAGAAAUAAAGAACAAAUAUGGUGUUUCCAUGAAAAUGUAUUUGGUUUGUUCCUGGGAAGGAUAUAAGGAGGCUAAAGAUACAGAUCUAAUGGAAAGUGGAGCACCAACACACCCCAAACGUCGACUUACUUCUAAUAGAGUGGGAUGCAUUGUUAAGAUAAUUUUCAGACUAAAUGGGGAGGUGUACGAAGUGGUGUCAUUCGAAGAAAGGCACACACACGAUUUAUGCGGGGACAGUUACAAACCGUUCAUGAAAGUGAAUCGGAAACUAGACAUUGGGCAUCAGCACUUCAUAGCAAACUGUGCUAAAGCUAACAUUUGGCCAAGUAAGACUUUCAACUUGUAUGCAGAAAUGUGGGAGGAACCAACAAAGUGGGUGCUACGCAACAAGAUUUCAAAAACUACAAGAGAGAAAGAUCAGUUCAGUCGUGUGUUUUGGGCUGAUGGUGUUGCAAGAAAACAUUUUAGCGUAUUCGGAGAAGCCAUGGCGUUUGACGCAACAUACCAAAUGAACAAGUACAAGCUAGUGUUUGUUCCAUUUACCGGCGUAGACCACCAUAAGAGAUGUGUUACAUUUGCGGCGGGUUUGAUUGCUAGGGAAGAUGAGGACUCUUACCGUUGGCUUUUAGUCAACUUAAAAAAAGUAAUGGGCAAAACACCACCAAUAACAAUCACCGAUCAAGACCCAGCCAUAAAAGUUGCCAUUGCUAUGGAGUUACUCGAGACCCGUCAUCGUUUCUGCAUGUGGCAUAUAAUGACUAAAGUUGGGGACAAAGUAGAAGCCGAAAUGGCAAAGAAUACUGAGUUUCGUCGCGCGCUAAACAGUGUUGUGUGGAAUGAAAAUUGUAUGCCUGAAGAGUUUGAGAAUGGUUGGAAUGGUGUUGUGCAUAAAUAUGGGCUACAGGAGAAUGGAUGGUUGAUCAUGGAUACCUGCAUAUUUCCAAGAUAUGUUUAUGGGAGGGUUGUUGCGAACAACUUCUCGUUCAGAAUCCGAGAACAGUAUUUUCCGAAGUAA